AUGAAAGAGAGCUUCGACGUUAAUCCAGAUCCCGAAGGAUUUGUUAAAUCUAAAAAAAUAAAUUGGUACUGGUCUCCCGUAUUCUGCGUUUUCUGGUUUGUACUUUUCUACGCCGUAGUGAUACCGAGUUUUUUCUCUUAUCCCGAAACCAAAUUGAUACGUGACGAACGCCAUCAUCCAGAUGAAUUUAUUGGGGAAAGGGCCCAGCUGCAAUUGCUCGGCUUGUCCUCGAUUGGGGUAAAACUUUCGGGCACAGUCGAGAAUGAAGUUUAUGCAAUACAGUUUUUGUUGAAUGAAAUUGAAAAGAUAAAAUCGACAUCGCGCCACGAGCUAUAUGAUAUUGAAGUAGAUGUUCAAUAUUCAUCGGGAGAUUUUGAGCUUUGGGGCAUGGCUACAUCAUAUCAUAAUGUCUCCAACGUCAUUGUAAAAUUGUCGCCAAAAAAUACACGAAGUAAAUCGUAUUUGUUGAUAAAUUCCCACUUCGAUUCAGAAGUAGCGUCACCCGCAGCUGCCGAUGCUGGAGUAAUGAUUGUGGUUAUGCUAGAGGUUUUGCGUGUAAUUUCCUCGUCGGAAAAGGAAUUGAAAAAUCCAAUUGUCUUCUUGUUUAACGGCGCGGAAGAAAGUAAUCUCUUAGCAGCUCAUGGCUUUAUAACACAACAUAAAUGGGCACCAUACUGCAAAGCACUAAUUAAUCUGGACUCCACUGGCUCCGGUGGUAAAGAAGUUCUCUUCCAAACAGGUCCUAAUCACCCAUGGCUCAUUAAGUACUAUAAGAAAUCUGCACGCCAUCCGUUUGCUACAACAUUGGCCGAAGAACUCUUUCAAAAUAACUUUGUGCCAUCCGAUACGGACUUUCGUAUAUUUCGUGAUCACGGCGGCGUGCCUGGCUUAGAUAUGGCACAUGCUCUCAAUGGUUACAUAUAUCAUACGAAAUAUGACAAUUUCCAUAAUUUAGAACGGGGAACAUACCAAACUACCGGAGACAAUGUGCUUGCUUUAACAUGGGCUCUUGCAAAUGCAGAAGAAUUGACUAAUCCCGAAGUGCACGCUGAGGGUCAUGUGGUUUUCUACGAUUUUUUGGGUUGGUUUAUGUUGGCCUAUACAAAGACAACGGGCACAAUUAUUAACGUUGGGAUCAGUUGCUGUGCCAUUAUAUUCAUUUUCCUCAGUGUUUUUCUAAUGUCUGGAAAGGACAGUAAAGGAGAUGCCCAACCGUUUUAUAUUCAGUUUUUUGUCAUAAUAAUUUGCCAGCUUAUUACAGUUGGGGUUGCAGCCGGUUCCACGAUUUUGGUUGCUGUUAUUAUUGACGCUCUGAGUAUAACGCAGUCCUGGUAUAGUGCGACGUGGCUAAUUUUUGGUUUCUAUUUUUGUCCCAUGUUCUUUGUGAUGUCUAUGGGGCCUGGGCUAUAUAUACGCUGGACUAAAAAUAAGAACUCAAUGCAUCUGGACAAUAUCAUUAUAUGUUUUAUGCAUGCCCAUUGCUUAAUUUUGGCUGUCAUCUGUAUGGUAAUGACAGGCCUCGGUAUACGGUCCUCUUUCUUUGUCAUGCUGGCUGUAUUCUUCUAUACAAUUUCAAUAAUCAUAAAUAUGUCACUUUCCAAAAUGACCAAACGGGAUUACUAUUUCGUUAUUCAUUGCAUAUGUCAAAUAAUGCCGUUCUGGUUUUACACCUAUAUGGCAUUUGUGUUUCUGACAUUUUUCAUACCCAUGCAGGGACGUGAUGGUCCCACCAAUAAACCUGAGUUGUUGCUGUCAGUCUUUUGCGUUAUCUGUUCAUUGCACUUUGCCGGUUUCAUUAUGCCUAUCUUGAAUAAGUUCAAGAAAUCAGAAGCUAUUACCUCGAUUUUCGCUGUUUUGUGUGUACUGUUUGUGAUACUUGCUGCGACACCUGUUGGUUUCCCAUAUAUCAAAGAUGUCCAUCCACAGCGGUUUUACGUCUUGCAUACAGAACGCAUUAUUCACGAUAACUCGGGAAUGGUGAUUAAAAACGAUACCGGCUUCUACGUUCAACCAGUGGAUACAAGACCAUACAGCUUGGAUGACACUACUCUCGCGAAUGCAUUACCGCAAUCUUGGACAGAUGAGGAGUGUGCCACGGAAAUGUUUUGUGGUUUACCAUUGUAUAGUUCGAGAUGGAGAAACUGGAUAAACUCCACAAAAUGGGUACCGGCCAGACCUCCUCAUUUCGUUAUAGCCACCGAACUAAAAUUACUAUCCAAAACAUAUCAGGGACCCACAAAGCUGCUAUAUCAAUUCUCACUGAAAGCUGCAGAUAGAGUAGUCAUUUACAUUGAACCACAUGCAGGCAAUAAAAUAGUAAAUUGGUCAUUUAAUCGAGUUCCUUUAGAUGAGGGUUUUGAGACGCCAUAUUUUGCAUAUCAUGUCUACUCCAUGGACGAGACGCCGUUCCGAUUUUGGAUAGAAGUAGAGAGAGACGCUAUACUGACCGGCCCCUCAUUCCGUUUGGGCAUAGGAGCUCAUCUUCUUUAUCACACCCAUACUUACACUACUGAGUUCAAGGACUUUUUGACUUCAUUCCCAGAUUGGGCCUACCCCACUCAUUGGGUUGCCGCCUACGAAAGUUGGCAUUUCUAG